AAGGGCUCCCACCAAAAAAAAAAAAGCAGGACAUUCAAACGAGGUAUACCCAGAGAACGAAAAAAAUAAUUAUCAUGAUGAUGAUGAUCAGCAGCAGAAGCAGCUUGGUGGAAGGGCCACUAUGAGUUGCCACUUCAUACGUGACUACGAAAUGUACCAUGCAGAGCAGAAAAGGCCCCAACUGAACGACCAAGCGGCUUGUCCCAUACGCUUUAUAAAAAAAGGUGACACCGCUGAUUGGGAUUGGCCCCAAAGGAGUUAA